AUGCCUCAAUGUGCCCCAAUUUUUUUUCUCUAUAGAAAAAGACUCAAAGCAGGUCUCUUGCCCAGUCUUGAAGAUCUACUUUUUUACACGAUUGCUGAAGGGCAGGAGAAGAUUCCAAUACAUAAAUUCAUCACUGUUCUGAAAUCCACAGGACUGCGUACGUCAGAUCCUCGACUGAAAGAAUGCAUGGAUAUGCUUAGAACAAAUGUGCAGGCAGCGUCUGAUGGUGUAAUGCUGGACAAAGAACUUUUUAAAAAAUGUGUUGGAAGCAAUAUUGUACUGCUCACGCAAGCAUUUAGGAGGAAAUUUGUCAUUCCAGAUUUUGAAAUAUUUGCAUCCCAUAUAGAUGGUCUUCAUGAGAGUGCCAAAAAAAUGUCAGGAGGAAAGGUUGCUGAUUAUAUUCCACAGCUGGCUAAAUUUAGUCCAGAUUUGUGGGGUGUGUCAUUGUGCACAGUAGAUGGACAAAG